AUGUUCAACCCUUAUCAGGCCCAGGGGCAUGGUUUUAACCAGCAACCCCUAGGUAAUUACCCAGGGAAUAAUCAACCGCCAACGCAGCUUACUCAACGUCCCACGAGUGAGUUUGGCAAUUAUCAGCAAAACGUCCCGAGCUCUUUUGGCCUUCAGCAACAGCCAUCGCAGCAGCAGCAGCAGCAGCAACACCAGCACCAGCACCAAAUGACGGGGUUUGUAAGUAAUGGGUCUUCCUUCGGAGGUCCCAAUGCGUUUGGUGGUGCUCAGGGUGGAUUUCAAGGUGGGCAACAAACAGAAGCUUUUAGCGGCUCCACUGCAAUUCAGCCCCAACAAACGAACUUUUACUCCCAGCAGAACACUUUGCAGCCCCAACUAACUGGCGCUUAUGGGCAGCAAGUUCCUCCGACUUCGUUCUUUGGGCAACAAGUGCAGCCACAGAGCUCCAAUCAACAACAACAACAACCCACUGGAACCUAUCAGCAACCCAUGGCGGUACAGCAGUCAAAUUUGCAACCAUUUCAACAGACAAAUUACUCGAGCCAGCCUCCUCAGACUACGGGAUACAUGGCCCAGCAACAACUCCAGGGCACUGAUUACAAUCAACCACGUCCCACGUCUAACUCACAAGCAAAUCAGCCAUCGCAGACUGGUGCAUUACCGCAAACUUCACAGCCACUCCAGCCCCAGCAGACUGGCUACUACUCUCAACCCUCUCAACAGCCUCUCCAGCCCCAGCAGACUGGCUUUUAUUCUCAAAACGCGCAGCCUCCUAUGCAACCUCUAAAGCCUUCUGCGACUGGAUUUGUGAACUCUUUUGCGAAUAAUGGGGUUAAUGACGAUAUGAAAAUCCCUGCUAUGAGACUGUCAUUUAUGACAGCUAAUGAUCAGGCGAAGUUUGAAACUUUGUUCAGAUCUUCUGUUCCAAGAGGCUCCAACACAAUUUCAGGAAAUUCCUGUAGAAGUAUCCUCAUGAAAUCUGGAGUUUCUCCAACCCUGUUGGCUAGAAUCUGGACAUUGUGCGACACGAGUAGAGCGGGUGAGUUGUUGUUCCCCGAAUUUGCCUUAGCAAUGCAUCUUGUGAAUGACGUUAUUCAAGGUGACAGCGUACCUUUCGAGCUUAGUACAAAAAUGAAAAACGAGGUAGCGAGCUUCGUGGACGCCAUAAACUUCAGUAUUGCGAGUGGCGAUGAGUCCUCCGCUCCACCCCAACCGAAGACUCCUUUUGAUGAUCUUACCUCCGGAUUCCAGAAUUUGCAACCGCAGCCUACAGGUAUGAUGCCCAACACAAGCUUUGGCAUGCCAUUGCAGUCGCAAACCACUCAAGGGCAAUUGAAUCCACAGUUGACGGGUUUCAUUCCUCAAACGUCAUUUAAUCAAGCAUUGACAGCUCAAGCUACUGGUGGACUGCUACAAUCCCAGCCAACUGGCGGAUACUCUCAACAACAACAACAACAACAACAACAACCCACGGCCAGCUUCCCUCAGCAACAGACAGGGAACAUCCUUCAGAGUCAGUCUACGGGUGGCUUCCUACAGCCCCAAUCCACCGGCUUUAUGCCACAGACAUCUUUCAAUCAGCCUCUCCAAAGUCAGUUUACCGGUAUAAACAAUUUUCAGCCUCAGACCACCGGUCUUCCAAACUCGUUAACAUCAGUUUUAACUGGUCAACCCACUGGUCAAUUCCCUGGUCAAUUCCCUGAGACAUCUUUCAAUGGCUCUGCUACACUGCAGCCACAGCCAACUGGAUAUUUGCCUCCUUCCAAUUUUAAUCCGACUGCACCCCUAACAGCUCAAAAGACCGGUUUUGGUAACAAUGAAAUUUACAGUCAAGCUAAUUUUGCCAAGAAGUUUAUGGUUGAUGAUUCCGAUGUGAUCAGCAGUGAUGAAAAGGCGCUGUUCUAUAAAAUAUUCGAUACAUACGAUUCCCAGGGACACGGAUUAAUGGGAUCUGCAACCGCCGUCGAAGUUUUCAGGAAGUCUGGCUUGAAUAGGAAUGACUUGGAACAAAUUUGGAAUCUUUGCGAUAUCAACAAUAGUGGGCAGCUGAAUAGACAAGAAUUCGCACUAGGAAUGCACCUAGUGUAUAGAAGGCUCAAAGGUCACGAACUGCCAAAUCGUCUUCCCCCCAGUUUGAUUCCAUCGAGCAAUCAAAUUUUGAAUUCUGUCAAAGACCAACUUAAAAAUAGUUCUGGCUCUGAAAGAAAAGAGCCAACCAAAGUUGAUGGCAUUUCAUUUAAGCACAACGAUGACGAACUUUUGCCCAGUUCCAGGAAUCGUAGAAAAACUUAUCAGAGCCCCUCAGCCACGGGCAGUGAAUUAACGAGUGCUUCGAUUGAGCCCAGCAAUACAAGAGCUUCGCAGACACCAAAAGAGCCUGCUUCCGUGAACACUAUGAGGCCACGAGUUAGUGACGAGAGAGCAAUUGAAGACUGGAAGAGGAAGAUUUUGGCGCUACCACAACCUUCAUCAGUCAUUAAGCAAGAUGCAGGAGGGGCCCCCGCCGAAUUGGAAGAAAAGUUCGCAGCUCUUACCAGUCGGGUUCCACAGCUAUUGGCCGAAAUAAGCAACGUGAACAAUCAAAUUACCAUGGCAAAAAUUGAACUGUACAGACAGAGAAACCCCUCCUCGAUGGUUGGUACCGGGAAAAAUGGGGAAGUUACAGAGGAGGAUCGUAGGAAAGCCAAAAGUAAGGCUUUGCUAGCCUCCAGGAUGGCUACCUUAAUGGGAAAGCAACCUGCAAGCGCUAAUGUUGAACAACAGGAACAGGUGUUCAACGAGGAGGUGGCUAAAUUUAGAAGUGAAAAUAGUGCCAAUCAAUCAAUCAUUGAGGAUAUUCAAACAUCCAUUUUUGAAAUAGCUGCCUCUGUGAAGUCUGCUUUGGGCGGUAAGAAAAAUAUCAGUGGGCGUCAAUAUGAAAUGUGGGAACUAGGGAUCGGUGUCGAUUCUCAUGUCAGCGCUUUCAUUUCCAAGUUGCAUCCCAGCCCAUCUGUGAAAAAGAAUUCUGAGGUCAAGCAUAUUUACAGAGCGACGGCACCUUCGUCUUCUAGCUCUUCGAAUUUCCAGCAACGCACUUCUUCUUCACUUGAUAGAUCAACUUUUUUGAAGGAGCAAGCACAAAGAAAAAUGAAGGAACGGCUAGCCAGCUUAAGUUUGGGAGAAGACAUUCGCGAAAAGAAUUCGCACGCUUUUCAUGCAGAAGAACUGGAUAUCAAUGAAGAAGACGAGGAGGUGAGAAAGCUCACCGAACAGCUAGCGGCCCUGAAGGCUAAGAAGAAAGACCAGAGUGGAGCAGCGGAAACUAGGCAAAUCUAUGAACCUAAAGCUGAAAGUAGAGAUCAAUCUCCACAUAAAGAGGUUUCAGCUAGUGAACAAAUAAACACGACUCAGGGGCCCAUUCAUGAUACGAAGCAUCAAACAGCUGCUGCUCCAGCUUUGAAAAUAGUACAGCAAACCGACGAGCUUCCUCAAUUAGAUAGCGCCAGUCCCAUAUCACGGUCAGCGAGCAACCACCACAAGGGUAAUCCUUUCGGAAUGCCACAGAGGCAGAGUUCCUCCUCGGUACGACCAUUAUCCUCCACUUCGACGGGUACUGGCGAAAGAAACCCUUUUUUCAAGCCAACGCAAUCUGGCUCCCCAUCGUUUGAUGCUAAAGCUGCUGAAGCCCAAAGAAGGAUACAGAGAGGUUUAGAUGACGACGAUGACUGGUCGGAUGCUGAGGACUCGUCCAAAACAACCAUCAAUGCUCCUGCCCCAGUUGCUCCUGCCCCAGUUGCUCCUGCCCCAGCUGCUCCUGCUCCAGUUGCUCCUGCUCCAGUUGCUCCUGCCCCAGUUGCUCCUGCCCCAGCUGCUCCUGCUCCAGUUGCUCCUGCUCCAAUUGCUUCUGCUCCAAUUGCUCCUGCUCCAGUUGCUCCUGCUCCAGUUGCUCCUGCUCCAGUUGCUCCUGCUCCAGUUGCUCCUGCUCCAGUUGCUCCUGCUCCAGUUGCUCCUGCUCCAGUUGCUCCUGCUCCAGUUGCUCCUGCUGAGGGAAGUCAGCUCUCUGAGUCUGCAAGAAUGCCGCCCGUUCCCACAGCUCCCCCUCUUCCUCAACUUGUGAACAAUUCGGGGCCUACCGUCAACUCCGCGCCAAGCAAAGAGGACGAAAGUGAUGAGAAUUUUGAUGACAAUCUUUCAAUUCCCGAAUCGGUGGACUCCUUCAACGACGCUCAUUCGCUGCCGGACGCUCCUCUUCCUCCUUCCGGUAUUCCUCCUCCACCACCACUGCCUUAA